AUGAGAGCACCACAACAGGAGAGACCGCCUCUUACGUGCACUGAGUGUGAAAGCUCAAUCGAGCUCAACACCUUAUCAGCACACUACCGGAAACCCAUGGGGAGUGCCUGGCUGCGGUUUCCUAGAAGCCCGAAGGGGGCGCCAAAAUCCAUAUUAACCCUUUAUGUCCUGCAUGCCGUGUCGUUCGUGCUGUGGACCGUGCUCCUCGCCGUGGCGAUUGCAAAGUACGCAGAGAUGUCCAAGGAGCUGGAGCAGAUGCGGACUGAGCAAUCUGUGCUCAGAGUCAACAGCUCUGAGAUGGCGAAGCAACUGGGGAUGCUUCAUUUCAAUCAAUCUGCCAUGCACAGCACUGGGAAGGAGCCGGCCAAGGACCUGGAGAGGCUGCAGUCGGACCAGGCCAUGCUGAGAGUGGAAGUGUUCAGGGAUCUGGUCAAAGCGAAACAUGACAGAGAUGACAUCAGGGCCGAGACCUUCAAGAUCAUGGAUGCUGCGCAGAAAGGGAACGGCACUUUCCGGUGCCAGCGUGGCUGGGAGCAGUACGGAGGGAGGUGCUACCUUUUCUCCACAUCUGCCCAGCGUUGGCAGGCGGCCAGAAGCUCCUGUUUGAGCCAUGCUGCUGAUCUGGUGGUGAUCAAUGGUCAAAUGGAGCAGAAUUACUUGGCCACUAAAGCUGAUUCUGUACGUCACUGGAUCGGCUUCAGAGACCAAGCGACUGAAGGCAUCUGGCACUGGGUGGACAACACUCCUCUGGCAUUUACGUUUUGGGCCCCAGGGGAGCCCAAUAACAUGUACAGUUUUCAUGUCAGAAAUGAGGACUGUGCCCACCUGCACGAGGGCGGCCAGUGGAAUGAUGAGCCCUGCAACUUGCACUACAGGUGGAUCUGCGAAAAAGCUGGUUCUGUCUAAAUGGCCGGAGUCCUGCCUUUGCUCUGAGCACUGGCUGAAAAGUACCCGGCCCACGAGGCCUGUGAACCGUUCCAGCCCCACACCAGUCCAUUAGGGCUAAUUACACAAAACUGAACACCCUUGUCCUGCC